AUGGAAGGCACAGCAAACUUCACCUUUCCGCAAGAGCAAAUGCCUCAAGAAGCAAUGUUGGUAUGGUUAAGUGCUUUUAUUCUGGUGUCUUUUCUAAUUUUUGUCUCCAACGUUGCUACCGUUAUAACAUUCAUAAUCAACGCACACCUACAUCGUUCUGGUGUGUACUGUUUGAUUAAUUUAGCCGUCGCAGACGCUUCCCAUGGGGCUUCCUCUGUUUUUUGGUACUUUCUAUACUUCGACUCUCGGCAUAGAAGCGGGUUCGUGGCUGGCGAAAAAGAAUUCAAGAAGAGCAUUAACGUUGUGGCUGGGGUGAUCAAUACUACAGCAGUCAUAACCUCUUUGCUCUCUUUACUCCUCGUUUCUCUCGACAGAGCUUGUUCCACUGUGUUACCCUACGUCUAUCGUAAACUUACCGUCAAAAUUUACUGUCGGGGAUUUGUGAUGACAUGGUUAUUCGCAGUGGGUUUAGCAGCCAUUCCUUCGCUUACCAUCGGCAUAGGUGUCUACGGACAUGAUGUAUGGCUACACCAAUCAGGGCAAGUGAUCUCCAUUAUCGCGCUUGCCAUCAUCGCCGUCUCUUAUAUGUCUAUCUUUGUGAAGAUUAGACAACAGAAUAGUCGUCAUCAAAAUCAAAGACUUGAUUCCAACGUCAGAAGGAGCCAAAAGAAAGAGCGAUACCUAGCAGUCACUCUGUUCAUCGUCACUGUAUUAUCUCUCGCGGCUUGGUUACCCUUUAUCAUCGUGCACGAGGUCGGAAAGGUAUCAAAUGCACCACGAGGAUUUAGUCAAAAUCACAUCGAGCUCCUAACAGAGAUUAUUCAGCUUACCAACUCUCUCGUCAAUCCGACGGUUUACGUUUUCAGAAUGGAGAAGUUUAGGAGAGCUUUGAUCGAGCUGUUGACCAAAUGUAAACGAGCACGUCCGCAUCCUCGUCCUCGAGCGCACCUAGAACCAGCCUCGCCCCAUCCUUACAGUCACAAUGCAAACCAUAGCUCCAAGAUAGAAACACGCUCCAAUCCAUCGGAGGAUUGAUGUAGUGUUUCUGUGCUGUAAGGACUAAGAUUUCCCUAGAGACCAUGAUAAUACGUAAAAGUAGCAAUGUACAGAAACAAUGAAUAAUUCAUUGUUAACAAACUGGGCUUUCUUUAUCCAGAAAGCUGAGUAUACUUUCAUCUGCUUUACGCAACCUCUCUCAUGUUUACAGAAUUACACUUUAUCUUUGCGUCUCUUUAAUUCAUGAAUUUCAUGAUUUUAUCCCAUUGACUCCUGGCUAUUUUUUUUAGCUGAAUUUACAACAACAACAACAAAAAAACAGACUAAAAACAGAUUCCCCCUAUUUUGAGUUUUAUAAAGCCCGUCAAAGUAAAACACCGCUUUUCCUAGUCAGCGGUAUCCUAGCUUUCCAACAGUUCUUUGCGGUCCCAUUUUUAAUCCCUUGUUGCUGUGCUAAUACAUGCACAAAUUGGUGGUUGCUUUUAUUUUUUAUAAAAAAAUAAAGCUAUGAGUAUGUUGGGAGAGUGUCCUAGGACAUCAUGAAGUCUAUUGAGGCAUAAUUGAGUGCUGUGCUUAUGGUUUUUUGCAAGCAAAUUCAUGGUGAUUUCUUGUUUGGCUUUGCUUGGAUGAGAAAAUAAUUUUCAAAUGAACCACCACAGCUCUCCUAAAUGCUGUCUUUUCUGAAACCAAAUUGAUUCCAAAAUUGUUUACACUGCUAUUCUGGGUUUUUAUGACCUGAAAUGAUUUGUUUGUUUUUGGGGUGAAAAGACUUUUAAAAAACCGUCUGACUUUGGGGAGAGGAGUGUUGACUGGCUCUCCCCUCGUGGAUUUCUCUCCGGAUCUCCCAGAAUGCUUUGCAAUCCGUAAUGGCAUCCAUUUGGUUUCACACGCCUUCAAGGAGUGGACAUUGUGUUUUAAGGCCAUGGAAAUGGUACCCUGGUUCCAGAGCCUCGGAUGUCUCUCUAUUAAGUGGCAGCGUGCUUGCGAAGCUCGUUGGCCACUAAAUAGAGAGGUUCGAGGCUCUGGAACCAGGGUAUGGAAAUGGACCUGGAAGAUCCGAAUAAAGGUAUCUACUUGUG